UGACGUUAGUGAACGGAUUGGCGGCGGUAUAAGAACGGGUUCGCCAACCCCUUUCGUUCUUUGUGAGCGAUGUCUGCAGAGUACGAUCGAAGAACUAAAGACAAUGGGCCCGAAGGAAUGGAGCCUGAUGGUGUCAUUGAGAGUAAUUGGAAUGAGGUUGUGGAUAGCUUUGAUGACAUGAAUCUUACUGAGGCCCUUCUUAGAGGAAUAUAUGCUUACGGUUUUGAGAAACCAUCUGCUAUUCAGCAGCGCGCAAUUAUCCCUUGCAUCAAGGGCUAUGAUGUGAUUGCACAGGCCCAGUCUGGAACUGGGAAGACUGCAACCUUUGCCAUCUCCAUACUUCAGCAAAUUGAGCUGGAUAUGAAGGCUACUCAGGCCCUAGUGCUUGCUCCCACCAGAGAGUUGGCUCAGCAGAUUCAGAAAGUAGUUCUGGCAUUGGGAGAUUAUAUGGGAGCCUCUUGCCAUGCCUGCAUUGGUGGCACUAAUGUCCGGAAUGAAGUACAGAAACUGCAAGCAGAAGCACCUCACAUUGUUGUGGGCACUCCAGGACGGGUGUUUGAUAUGUUGAACAGAAGAUAUCUUUCUCCGAGCUACAUUAAGAUGUUCGUUCUGGAUGAGGCAGAUGAGAUGCUGAGCCGUGGUUUCAAGGACCAAAUUUAUGAAAUAUUCCAGAAGCUAAAUACCAGCAUCCAGGUGGUUUUACUAUCUGCCACUAUGCCUGCUGAUGUGCUGGAGGUGACCAAAAAGUUCAUGCGAGAUCCUAUCCGCAUCCUGGUUAAGAAGGAAGAGCUGACGCUGGAAGGUAUUAGGCAGUUUUACAUCAAUGUGGAGCGUGAGGAAUGGAAGCUUGAUACACUUUGUGAUCUGUACGAGACCCUGACCAUCACACAAGCAGUCAUAUUUAUCAACACUAGAAGAAAAGUGGACUGGUUAACAGAAAAGAUGCAUGCCAGAGAUUUCACUGUUUCUGCAUUGCAUGGAGAUAUGGAUCAGAAAGAAAGGGAUGUUAUCAUGAGAGAGUUCAGAUCUGGUUCCAGUCGUGUGCUUAUCACUACAGAUUUGCUGGCACGAGGAAUUGAUGUACAGCAAGUGUCGCUUGUGAUCAACUAUGAUUUGCCAACCAACAGAGAGAACUACAUUCACAGAAUUGGCAGAGGUGGCAGAUUUGGCAGAAAAGGGGUUGCCAUCAACAUGGUUACAGAGGAUGACAAAAGGACUCUUCGUGAUAUAGAGACAUUCUACAAUACCACCAUUGAGGAGAUGCCUAUGAAUGUAGCGGACCUCAUAUAAGAUCCCACUUGCAUGGGAGACUGCAAGUGGUCAGUUGAGCAAAAUGUUCUGCAGUAGCUGUCUGAAACCUUGAACUUCUGAGGCUGAAAAGUUGCUUGCCCAGUUCAUAUACACAACUUACUGGGCAGAAAGUAUUGGAACCAUCUCAGACCUGCCUUGGGAGACCUUUGGUGUUAACUGCACACUGAUUUUUGUGCUGCAGAUGAACAUUGGAAAUUACCUGUUUACAGAGCAGGUAUCAAAAUAAAAAAAAAAUUGAAAAUGUUAAAAAUACAAUUUUGUAUUUAAUAUUUUUUAUGGUGGUUAAAGUACUAGGCAGAGUAUUGACCUCCAGUGUGAACUCGUUAAGAGUUUACUGUGUGGACUUGUGGGGAUGAGUGAGCCCAGAAAGGAUGGCUUGGUCAGAUUAUUUAAAAUGUUAAAUGUACUUUUAGGGCCCACUAUAUAAAGCUUACAAAACUUAGCAUGGAAGUAAACCAGGCAGUUUUGACAUUUUUUGACUGUUUUAAAUGAGUGCAGUGUUAGGCCAGAGUUUUAGUCUGCAUGUUGCUUUCAAAUGCUGUUUUCUGCAAAGCUUGUUUGCGCAAGUGCACGUGCCAGAAUUGGCAAGCUGUGUCCUGAUGCCUUGCGUGUGUUCAAGCUGAAUGGGGGUGUCCAUGGACUACCUCAAUUUGAAAAGAAUAUGCCCAUAAUUAUAACAAGUUUCUUGAAAUUGGUGGCUUUACUGCUGCUGAUAGGGUUUCUUCCCUUUUCAGAAUAUGGAUUAUCUAUGCAUCCUGCAGAAGGUUAAAAUCAUUGCAUUUGAACUAUUGGAAAGGUGUAAAAUGAAGAGGUUUCCCACCUUGGUAUCAAACAUUGGGAGGAAGGCCAUAACCUCCUCGUUGUGACUCUUUGUGGACCAAAUGUGCUUUGAGGGGGUGGGGGGUUUGUCAGAAAUGCAGUCGUGUAUGUUCUAGAUUUGGGGCACAACUGUGAAUGAGAAUGGUACCCUCAGUGCCAAUAAUUGUAAAAAUUUACUUGUAUAGUAUUUAUUUGAAGGAAUUGAAUAAAGUUUUUGUAACACUAAA